AUGAGAAACGGUACAAUAACAACAUUCAUUCUGCUGGGACUGACAGAUGACCCUGAGCUGCAAGUUCUGAUUUUUAUCUUUCUAUUUCUCACCUACACUUUGAGUAUAACUGGAAACCUGACCAUCAUCAUACUCACUUUUGUGGAUCCCCACCUUAAAACACCCAUGUACUUUUUCUUAAAAAAUUUCUCCUUCUUGGAGAUCUCAUUCACAUCUGCCGUUAUUCCCAGAUAUUUGUAUAGCAUAGCAACAGGUGACAAUGUUAUUACCUAUAAUGCUUGUGUCAUUCAAGUGUUUUUUACUGACCUCUGUGGAGUAUCAGAGUUUUUUCUGCUGGCUGCCAUGUCCUAUGACCGCUAUGUUGCCAUCUGCAAACCCUUGCAUUAUGUGAUCAUAAUGAGUAACAGUGUCUGCAGGAUUCUCAAUAUCUGUUGUUGGGUGGCUGGUUUAUGUAUAAUAAUCCCACCACUUAGCCUGGGUUUAAAUCUAAAAUUUUGUGACUCUAACAUAAUUGAUCAUUUUGGCUGUGAUGCAUUUCCCUUAGUGAAAAUCUCAUGUUCAGAUACAAGGUUCAUGGAAUGGACAGUUAUAAUAUGUGCCAUACUGACCUUGAAUAUGACUCUUACCUGUGUGGUUCUGUCAUAUGCUUACAUCAUCAAGACAAUUUUUAGAUUCCCUUCUGUUCAACAAAGAAAAAAGGCCUAUUCGACCUGUUCUUCCCACAUGAUUGUGGUAUCCAUCACCUAUGGCACAUGCAUUUUCAUCUAUAUGAAUCCUACAGCAAAGGAAAAAGUGACCAUUAAUAAAGUGGUUUCACUGCUCAUUUUUUCUAUUUCACCUACAUUGAACCCAUUUAUUUAUACCUUGAGAAACAAUCAAGUUAAGAAAGCCUUCGAGGACUCAAUCAAAAGAAUUGCCUUGCUCUCAACUAAGUAA